AUGGCCCAGAUCACGACCGGAGGACAAGAACGAGUAAACGAAGCAUCCCAGCUCCUCGCAGAUGCCUUCAAAUACGAUCCCACAAUCACCUAUUGUCUAAGCUCUCUCGACCAGGAGCAACGGGAUAAACUACGCAUCGAGCUCUUCCGCAUCUUUCUAACCGGUGCAGUUGUCAGAAAUGGGUCGAUCGAAGAAGCCGAUGGGUUUCGUUCGUGCGGUAUUUUGGUCCCUUCUCAACCCGAAACAGGUACGCUCGGACUGAAAGAGAUGCUGUCGUCUGUUGGACUGGGGGGUGUUCUGACCGAACUAUACGACGUCUCAACGCAAACGAAACUCCACAAGAGCAAAGUUUUCAACGAGCAAGAUAGGUACUACUACAUCUUCUUUCUCGGGACCGCAGAGAAUGCUCGCGGAAAGGGGCUUUGUUCGGCCAUUGUGAGACAUUACCAGGGAAUUGCUCGGAAGGACAAAGUGCCAAUAUACCUCGAAGCUGGUAAUGCGUACUGUCGGGACCUGUACAAGACCCUGGGAUUUGUGAUUGUCGGAGAAAUCGUAACCGGACAAGACAAGGCAGGGCCUGAUGGGACGCUUGUUGAGAAUGGCCCUGGUUUCAAGACGUGGGGGAUGAUCUGGAGGCCAGAAUAUGAGCUGUCUGAUCGAUGA